GAUUGAGCUUCUGUGUACCCAUAUAAUUAGUUUCAUCUGCUUAAAUUGUGCAUUUGUGACUACCAUGUGCUGCUUCUUGUGCUUUGUGCUGUGCGCUCAGGACAAUAGUUUUUUAUUACACAGAGGAAACAGGAGAAGACAAAAUUAUGCCCUGCGACAAUGAAGAGAUAGAGAAAAGAAAGAGGAGGAUUUAUCAUAGCAAAUUGAACUAUUGAAAGCUCUGAAGUCUUUGUCGUCUGGAAUCUGGAUUCUUCGACUCCAAUACGAGAUCAGAUCAGAUCAGAUGCAAUCAAGUCUCUUCGUCUUCAUGAUCAUCUGAAAACUUCAAUUUAAUGCAUUUUAAGCUCGAGAGCUCAAGCUUUCAGGGAACUACUCAGUCUUAACUGCGCUAAAGUUUUCAACUUCAACAAAAACUUGAUCCCUGGAAACAAGUGUUCUCUUGAUCUGACGACCUGACGACUUUCACAUGUGACUACUUGUGGGUCUUGAUUGGUAUUUUUUCAACGGAUCAAACUUCCAAUUCAAGAAACUAUGGCGGCAGAGGCUUUUCUUGUGUCAUUCCUCCACUUGCUGGUUGACAAGUUGGCGCGUCGCGACGUCUUGAAGUACUUUGGACUCGUAAAAGGCGUCGAUAAGAAACUGACGGAAUGGAUUGCCACCUUGUCUGCAAUUGGAGCUGUGCUGAUUGACGCGGAGAAAAGGCAACUGGCGGAUGAGAGCAACAUACUGAAGCUCUGGCUCGAUGAUCUCAGGGACUUGGCUUUUGAUGCGGAAGACGUGUUGGAUAAAUAUCAUACUGAAAUGUUGAAACGUCAGAUACAUCAUGCUCAUUCCAGCGCAACAAGCAAAGCAUGGAAAUCAAUUCCUAAUGGUGUUUUCAACUUCAAGAUGAACUCAGACAUACAGAAGAUUACUGAGCGUUUACAAAAGAUAUCUGUACGAAAAGACCAGCUCGGUUUGAAAAUUGAUACUGGGACGUUGACUACAAGGGCACGCCAACACAUACCGCCUAGUUCUAGCCUACCAGAUGGACCUGUGAUUGGAAGGGAGGAGGACAAAAGGAAGAUUGUUGAGCUGCUGUCAAAACAAGAGCAUCGUGCUGUCAAUUUCGAUGUAGUUGCAAUUGUCGGUAUGGCUGGAGUCGGAAAGACAACACUUGCUGGACAAGUACUCAAAGAUAUGGUUGCAACCCAAAUGUUUCAACCAGCCGUUUGGGUGUGCGUAUCUGACAACUUCAACCUUGAAAGAGUGACAAAGCAAAUUCUUCAAUCAAUCACAUCUCGGCAAUAUACCACAGAAGAUUACGAGAAGGUUCAAAAUGAUCUGCAUAAGGAGUUAGCGGGGAAGAAGUUUUUAAUUGUUUUAGACGAUGUUUGGAAAACGUGUAGCUAUGGUGAAUGGAUGAAGCUGCAGUCCCCUUUUCGUGAUGGAGCACAAGGAAGCAAGAUAGUUGUGACAACACGUGAUACAGAUGUUUCAAAAAUGAUGGGAGCUGCCACGCUGGUUCACAAUUUGGUGCCUAUGGAAAAUGAUGUUUGUUUGCAAGUAUUUGAGCAGCAUGCAUUUUUGAAUGCUAACAACAAUAGACCACCAAACUACGAGUUACUUAAGGAGAAAAUUGUUGCAAAGUGUAGGGGAUUGCCUUUGGCCGCGAGGACCCUCGGUGGUGUUCUACUUCGUAAAGAAAUAGACGAAUGGGAAGAAAUAUUGGACAACAAAUUGUGGAGUCUCUCGAAUGAGCAUGACAUACUUCCCGUGUUGAGACUAAGUUACUUUUAUCUUCCUUCACAUUUGAAAAGAUGCUUUGCCUAUUGCUCAAUACUUCCAAAUGACUAUGAAUUCGGGGAGAUGCAAAUGAUCCUUUUGUGGAUGGCCGAGGGUUUGAUUCAUCCUCGACCAGAAGAUAAUAAGCAAAUUGAAGAUUUAGGUGCUGAUUAUUUUCGGGAGCUUGUAUCUAGGUCAUUGUUUCAAAAAUCAACUGCAAAUAUUUCAAGAUAUAUGAUGCAUGACCUCAUUGGUGAUUUAGCACGAUGGGCAGCUGGAGAUAUUUGUUUUAGAUUGGAGGAUAAGCAAAAUGAUGAUGGUGUACAACUUAAUCCGAAGGCACGCCAUUCGUCUUACCUUUUGGGUCAUUGUGAUGGGGUUAAAAGAUUUGAGGCAUUUUCUGAAGUGAAAUGUUUGCGAACCUUCUUGCCACUAAGAAAGGGUUCUACCUACUUUUUAAGUCGUCUGGUUACCUUUGAUUUAUUGCCAAAAUUGCAGUACUUGCGGGUGCUCUCUUUUAAUGGCUAUCGUAUAACUGAGCUGCCAAACUCAAUCGGUGAUUUGAGACAUCUACGGUAUCUUGACCUUUCCUACACAGCUAUAACUAGUUUGCCUAAAUCGAUAAGUACUCUUUACAACUUGCAGACAUUGAUAUUGGAAGGCUGUAAUGAUUUGAAGUCAUUGCCUGCAGACAUGAGUAAUCUAGUUAAUUUGCGCCAUCUCAACAACUCAAAUGUAUCUUCGUUGGAAGGAAUGCCUCCAAAACUAGGUAGAUUGGAGAAUCUCCAAUCUUUGCCCAAUUUUGUGGUGUGUGGUGGAAGUGAUGAAUCAGGGAUAAGAGAGAUAGGGCCCCUAUCGCAUCUCCGAGGGACAUUGUGCAUCUCAAGAUUGGAGAAUGUGACUGAUUUCGAGGAUGCUCAGAAGGCUGACUUAAAAUGCAAGGAGUGGCUUGAUUCUUUGGUUCUAGAAUGGUCUCAUUCAAGCGACACAAGAGAAACUGAAUCCGCUUUGCUUGACAUGUUACAGCCUCAUAGAAAGAUCAAGGAGCUCACCAUCAAGAGUUAUGCCGGAAAGGAAUUUUCAUCAUGGGUUGGAGGUCAUUUGUUCUCUAAUAUGGUGCUUGUGCGCUUAGAGGAAUGUAACAAUUGUUUAUCGUUGCCUCCUCUCGGACAAUUGCCUCAUCUCAGAGAACUUUAUAUUAUUGGAAUGAAUGCAGUGGAAAGUGUUGGUGCUGAGUUUUGUGGAGAGCGUAUGUUGCCUUUUCGGGUAUUAGAGACUCUUGAGUUUGUGGAAAUGCAGCAUUGGAAGGAAUGGCUUCCUUUCCAAGCCGAUCACGAAGGUGGUGCUUUCCCUUGCCUGAAAACACUCUUAGUAAAAAAAUGUUCUAAACUGGAGGGUAAACUGCCAGAGAACCUCAAUUCUUUAGCUAAGCUUGAAAUUGUUGAAUGUGAAGAAUUAGUGGUUUCAAUUGCCAACUGUAAACAACUUCGUCAGUUAAACAUUGACGGUUGUAAAGUGUUGGUGCACACAGCUGCUAAGGUUGAGUUUGAGUACUUAGAGUCCUUGUGCUUUUCAAACAUUUCGAAGGUGAUGUCUCUGCAAACAGGGGAAUUGUUGAAGAAGGGAUUAAGCAAGGUUAGAGAUUUGAAGAUCAGUGGAUGUGAGGAGGUGACGUCUUCACUGAAGAAUGAGGAGGGUAGAUUAUUGCAACAGUUGACUUCUCUUGGCAGUUUGAAAAUUGAAGACAACUCUCGUCUAGUUGAAGAAUUGGGAAAAGAAGCAGAGGAGUUGCAAAUAUCGGAAUGCAAGCUUGAAUUUCUGGAGUUAAAAAAGUGCGAAAAUCUUUUGAAGCUACCAAAAGGAUUAAAUCAGCUGUCGUCUCUUCAAGAGCUUCGCAUACACAAAUGUUCAAGUCUAGUUUCUUUCCCAGAUGUUGGUCCGCCACCUUCUCUUAAAGACAUCGAGAUUAGAGAGUGCGAUUCGUUGAUAUAUUUUGCAAAAUUCCAGAUUCCCCAAAAUCUCCGAAGAAUAAAGAUAACAUGGUGCAAAAGCUUGAAAUCACUAGUAGAUGAGGAGACUGUUGGUUCUUCUUGGUCGUCUUCUACUCAUACUUGUCUUGAGUACUUGAGUAUCAAAGGAUGUGAAUCUCUGACGUCGUUAUCAUUGAGUGGCCAGCUUCCCAGGACACUUAAACACCUUGAGAUAGAGAAUUGUGAACGACUGGGUUUAAUAGCACCGAACGGGUUCUUCAGCGACAACACCAAUCACUGCCUUGAAUAUAUUACCAUCUGGAAUUGCCAAAAUCUGAAAUCCUUACCGGAUGGCUUAUGCCACCUCAGCAAUCUUCAAACUCUAGGUAUUCGAAAAUGUGGAGGUCUUGUUUCCAUCCCGAGACUGAGUGAGGGGAGAAGACCCUCCAACCUGAGAAAUAUCGAGAUCACCGAUUGCGACAAAUUGGAGGCGUUGCCCGAAGACAUGCUCAAUCUCAACUCUCUUGAGUACUUGAGCAUCGACUACCGUGAAGGUUUGACUUUUCCUCCCAACCUAACAUCACUUAUAAUAUGGAAGGUCAAGAGUUGUAAGUCAUUGUGGGAGUUGGAGUGGGGGUUGCACAGACUCACCUCUCUUAGAGAAUUAUGGAUCAUCGGUGAAGACCCAGAUACGGUGUCGUUUCCACCCGACAUGGUCCGGAUAGAGACACCCCUCCCCAAAUCUCUCACUCUUCUCAAAAUAGAAGGCUUCCCGAAUCUGAAGAAACUGAGCAGCAAGGGCUUUCAAUUCCUCACCUCCCUUCAAUAUCUGGGACUUUGGAAUUGUCCAAAGCUAGCAUCCAUUCCAGAGGAGGGUCUGCCUCCUUCACUAGAGCAUCUUAACAUCCAUAAGUGUCCAGUGCUAAAAGAGAGAUGCCAACCAGGAAAAGGACGCUACUGGCACAAAAUAUCCCACAUCCCUGCCGUACAUCUGUUUUGAGAUGAUUUGAAGCUGAUGGUCCAAGUAUCAUCUCUCGAGGAAUGUUUUAAUAUUAUUAGUAUGGUUUUGGGGGUUGAGGAGUGGCUGCUUUGGGAGGCCUUCAAUUGGCGACAACCGGGAUAUUUCUCGGCCAACGUUUCUUCUUCCGGAUUCC